CUCGUGUCUGUACCGGUGGAUUGUAGACCAAAGUUCCAGGAUCCAGAACAUCUGCAGCAGCAGCAGGGGGACAGAUGGAGCUCAGGAACACAUGCAGAUAAAUCUGGAGGAAUGGGACGCUUCCAUCUGGAGCUGAAGAGAUCCAGGAGACAUGUCAUUCACAGAGACUUCCUAGUGAUUUUCCCAGUGAGGAGAGACAGGAGCAACUUGGUGUGGAUAUUUGAUCUGAGGAGAAGACGAUUCCUCUGCAUGGACUCCAGAGGAGGAAGGUUCCACUCGAGGCAGAAGGACAGAGAGGGCUGUCUCUUCCAGCGGUUAGAUCUGGAAAACCACCACGACGUGUUUUUCUCCACCAUCGGGAACGGGCUGCUCCGACUAGAGGGAACCCAGCAGAGAACGUCUCACUGGGAGCCUCCAGAACCCUCCUGGGCUCUGAUGAAGAGGAGGCAGAGGAGGAGUGACGAGGUGAACCCCUCAGACCCGCUGAGAUCAGAAUCACAUCCUUCACAUUCUGCUAAAGAUCCAAAUGAAUCCGAUCACAGCCAGCCUGACCAGGACCGGGCCGGAGCCGUGUCCAAAGAGACCAUCACCUCCUGCGACGACCCUCUGAGGGUUCUACAGUCCAAAGGAGCCGUCAGUCCCAUCAAAACCAACAUCGCAGACCGGGCAGACCAGGACUGAGAGGCUAGAAUGGGACGGGAGAAGAAAAGAGGGGCUUCUUCUGGUUCUACCGGACACCACAGAACCACUGGUGAAGAGUCAGACUGACACUGGAGGGAUUUAUCUUAUGAGCUGAAAGCUUUCAAUAUUUACAGAAAAAUAUAAAA